AUGUCACAACUCUCGCAACAGGCCGAAAGACCUUUUGAUACCCAGAUCCAUUACCUGCCACAGGAAAGCCCCACAGCUGGUCGCACCCAACUUCUUCAAUCAGCAAACCACUCUUCGCCUGUCUUGGAAACGCGCAAUAGGUCCCUGCACAAGGCUGCUCCUAGUCCUCUACAAACAAGUACUACUCCUACAUCAACUUCAAGCAGUGUCACUCCGACAAGAACCACAUUCCCUAUGAAAGGUUCUGGCGAUCGACACCCACUCAUAAGUACGAAAUCAAGUCAGAGCCCUCUGGAGGAGCCUCGAUCGCCAAAAGAGCGCCUUGAUGAUUUACUAGCGACCGAGAAGAACUUCUAUACUUCUGAACAAAGUGUCAAACCACCGCAAACACCGGGCAAUACGAGAUACGGCAGACCAUUACAAGAAGCGAAUUCGAAUGCCCCGAUACGAAGUGUCUCUGAUCCUGUCCUGGCAAACGUAGGUUCGACCUCACCUACCAGUAAACCACCCACGAUGGCGUCUACCACACCUGCCCAUCGUGUCGAGAUGGGUCGACCACCUCCCCGCACCUCUUCAAUUGACUCGGCUAUUUCUUCAAUAUCGAGCAGUGGACAUUCACACAAGAAUUCGCAGGACUCUAAAGGCUCGAGUGCACAAUUUGAUGUCGCACAACUCAUUCAAGCGGCAGGAUCAUCAGAGGCUGCUAUACAAUAUUUGAUCAAGGAAAAGCAAUCACAAACCGCGCAGAAUUCACAGUUAUGGCGUUUGGUAGAUAAACAGAGAGCUAUGAUUUUGGGCUUAAACAAGGAUCUUGAGCGCGCUCUCAAAGAUAAGGAACGAUAUAGGAAAAAGCUGAAGGAGAAUCUCACACAGCAUGCCGCGCCUUCACCCGUAGAUUCGACACAAGGUCCAACGUCGGAAUCAGGAUCGAUGACUUCGGAAUCGAGGGUUACCGAGAUCUCAGCUCAAAAGAGUAUUGAUGGUCAUUUGAAGUCUGAUGGAUCAAAGGAUGGUUCCCAGGCGCAACACUCGCCUAUAGAUUGUGCUUUAGCACCUUAUCCAAUCACUCCUCCAGCAUUAGCAACCACUGCAAUGUCUAAUAUGGUAGUAGCCGAGCACAAGAUGCCUUCGCCGACUAAACAUGCAUUUCAGCAAUAUAAUCCUGACUCUCCACCUCUCGGAUUUGAGGCAUCUCAACUACAGCGGAAGAACCAAACGGUGGCUGUUAAUAUGCCAUAUGAUGUAACCGUUCCACCUUCAAGGAAUCUUCCAUCUGAUUCCCCACGGGGGCCGCCUCCGAUAGCACCACCGCCUCCGCCUAUAUCAUCUCAAGGCCCUUCGUUAGCGAUUGUAGAACCAUCGCCAAAGUUUGAUCAUGGAUCUUCCAAAUUUCCACAGCCGAGAAAAGCCCCGCCGGCACCACUUAAUCUUGGCAAAAUGAGUGAACCAAGUAAUCAUUUACGUCAGGCACCGGAGACGAAAGAAGAGUCUGAUUCAGACUAUGACGAUAUAUUGGAAGUUGGUGAGGUCCCGGCGUUUCCUGAGAGAGGUCGACGAAAGACCAGGGAAGAGGACGAUCGAGUGCGGGAGAUUGCAGCGGCGAAAGAUGCGGAGGCAAGGAGCCUGUCAAAGAAAAGUUCGAAAGGCAGCGUUAAAGGAACACCAAAAUCGACAUCGACCACCCCAAAGGAACCAGUACCAGCGAUGCCUCUAAGUCCCCGACCAACAGUCCCGAUCUCACCACCAGAUGCUCAUUUGCGGACUCUUUCCCCACAAGAUGAGAGUACCAGUUCCUUGGCAGGAAUGUUGAGUGCAUCAAGGUCGCCUCCCGCCAAGGUAGGGUUAAUGUCACCUCCAUUGAUGAGUCCUGGUCUACCACAGAGUCCAAGGCCAAUGGGUAUGUCUUCGAGGACCAAUUCAGCUCAUCCAUCCAUGGCCUCGCCCCCAUUGUCUCCCCGAGGAAUGAACGCUUUCCCAGGUGCUAUCCCAUUAUCGCCACGAGCUCCACGACAGCCGAUCCCUCUUCCUCCUGGUACUCCAAUGUCAAUCGCUUCCCCUCGUGCACCCCGAGCGGAGCCUUUAGUUCUGGUGUCCCCACAGCCAUUGGUGAUUACUAAGAGAUCCGAGGAAACUCUCAACACUCUCAAAUCUGAGGAAACCCUCGUCAAUGGCAGCAUUUAUGAGAGACGUCCAAGCGAUCCUCCACACCUGGGUCACUCUGGAAAUAUAAUUUACAAAGGCCUUGUUACUGAAGAAUACCCAGACCUGCUUCUUCCGCCGAAUGCUUUGCCUUCCAUAGACGUGAAGGUGGCCUCGUCACGUCUGAAGCCAUCAAGAGCUAGUCUCAUGUGCCCGGCGAACCUUGAGACUGAUCCCGUUUUCACUCUCGCAGUAUUUGCAAGGUCAGAUGGCAGAGAGCUAUGGCGAGUGGAAAAGGACUCGGCAUCUCUGGUACAUUUGGACCAAAUUUUGAAACAAUGCCCCACGUUUACAGCCAGGACACCGGACAAAUACCUUUUUAGUGGUCACUCCCCAGCUAAGAUAGAUGCAAGGCGUACCGCACUGGAUAAUUAUCUUGACGAAGUUCUCAACACAGAGCUAGAUACGGAAUCUGCAUUGGAGAUAUGUCGAUAUCUAUCUUCAAAUACAAUGGAGCCACACGCAGAUGACCUAACACCAAGUAGCGAUACAGGUUCCGAAAGUCCUGUGAAGACUGGACCCGGUGGCAGGCCUCUCAAAAAUGGCUACUUGACAAAGAAAGGUAAAAACUUCGGAGGAUGGAAGGCGAGAUUCUUUGUGUUAGACGGCCCAGUGUUCAAAUAUUACGAAUCGCCUGGCGGACAACAUCUAGGGAGUAUCAAACUUCAAAGCGCUCAAAUCGGAAAGCAAUCCCAACAAAGUGAACCAUCACCCUCUUCCAGGGCCGACUCUGAUGACGUUGACAAUCAGUAUCGCCAUGCUUUUCUAAUAUUGGAGCCGAAAAGGAAGGAUUCUUCUAGCCUUGUGCGACAUGUUUUGUGUGCUGAAAGCGACAAGGAACGCGAUGAAUGGGUUGAGGCUCUUCUGCGUUACGUUGAUUACAAGGAUGAAGAUGAGCAUAAUCGUUCAAGCCAUACUCGCUCUGGCUCAAGCGGCUCUCAUCCACACGGAAGGAGAAAGAAUAGUGCUCAGGGGAAGCUGGGCGAAGGCAACGAUUCACGUGCUGGUUAUGAUACGACAAAACAAGGUAGUGUACCCCACGGAUCGAAAUCGAAAAGCUCAGGUACACCUUCACCUCCAUCUCACGCUCACGAAAGAGACCCCAUGUCACUACCACAGUCUCAAUCGAUGAAAUCGAUUUCUGGUCCAAAGAAUGCCCACUUGAUUCAGGAUGCUGGUUCAUGGGGAAACAAAUCAGGACUAUCGCCCCCAGAUGACAAAAUCAAACAGAAGAAGCGCAGCUUUUUUGGAUUCGGCUCAAAACCUAGACCAUCUGUAGAUUUACCAGACGUAUCACUCAACAUUUCAAAUCAUAAUUUGUCACAGAUGGCAUUCGAGCAGCACGGUCCAAUUAGACCUGUUUUUGGAACUCCAUUAACAGAAGCUGUGAGGUAUAAUCACCCGGCUGAUGUUCAAGUUGAGCUUCCAGCGGUCAUAUAUCGAUGCAUUGAGUACCUAGAUGCGAAGAAUGCUGCAGGGGAAGAAGGAAUCUUUAGAUUGAGUGGAUCUAAUAUUGUCAUCAGACAGCUUCGAGAACGCUUUAAUGUCGAGGGCGAUGUCAACUUGGUGACUGACGAUCAGUACUAUGACAUACACGCCGUGGCUUCUCUGUUGAAGUUGUAUUUGAGGGAGUUGCCAACCACUAUUCUGACCCGCGAACUUCACCUUGAGUUUCUCGCCGUCACAGAGCUUCACGAUAUGAACGAAAAAGUCAGUGCUCUUAACGGUUUGGUCCACAGGUUGCCACGAGCAAACAACAUUCUGCUCAGAUAUCUUGCAGGUUUCCUGAUUAACAUCAUUAACCAUUCGGAUGUGAAUAAAAUGACUGUUCGAAAUGUCGGCAUUGUGUUUUCGCCAACCCUCAACAUACCAGCUCCUGUGUUUGCGCUUUUCUUGCAAAAAUAUGAUGCCAUUUUUGAACAGGAGCCUAACGACCAUGAACAUCGUCCCGUAGAGGUGACAGUCACCGCGCCUUCCCUAUCUCCUGAAGAUAUUCGCUCUCCCCGACGCCAAAAGUUCCAACAGGAUCUCCCAACACCCUCUUUUAACCAGCAAUCUUUUGGUCAACAAGGUCCAGGAUUUGCCGGGUUCAGCACAAUGGCCGGACCUGAGUAUGGUAGUCGAGCCAAUACACUAGGAGUCCCUUUUCAAGACCAACAAUACUCGGCCUCUAAAUCGAAGAAAAGAGAAAGUAGCAUGUUUAAUAUGGGAAUGGGAUUAGGACAGAAGAAGUCCACCAAUAGAUUGAAGGAAAAUGGCCUUCGUCUAGCCGAUGAAGAAUCAUUCUUCGAUUAG